AUGGCAAUCAAAUCCCUUCUUCUUCUGGCAACAGCUGCCCUCGCGACGGCGGAAUUCUCCGUGGUCUCGAUGUUUAUCCCCGACGUCGAGGGCACCGCGCUGGUCGCCUCAGUCAUCGCCCAGACCGCUGGCACGACCACCUACAGUAUCAAUUGUCCGCCGGGAACUGAUAGCAGCGACUGCGGCGUGUCACCGGGCCUGUUCCUGACCUCGGGACCAAAGAAAGUGGAAUAUUCCAUAAGCGAGGGAGAUUUCUACGGUCGCAUGAUCUGUUCCUUGGGAGGCACUACGACCGCCGUCUGCACCGAUAUUAACAGCGGCGCCGGUGCCAACUUCCCCGGAACACACACAACCACCCUGGCGAGCAGCGAUAUCACUUCCCUCCCCGUGACCAUCACCGCUGGCGCGACCACGGGUGCGGCCUCUGACACGUCCGCGUCUACCACUGAGUCCUCGACGACCGCCACCUCGGAUACCCCUGCUUCGCAGACCUCGGCAUCGAGCUCGGGAGCGAUGGCUUCGCCCACCAGCUCCAGUACUGGUGGCAUGUCGCAAAUCACCGGUGCGCCCGUGCUCGCUCUGGGCGCUGCGGUCGCAUUCGUCGCAGGCGCAUUGUAA